ACAAACAGCAUGUCAAGAAGAACGAAAUGGCAUCCAGCUCCGCCUACCCCCAAAAUCCUCCACUUCCCCCGCCGCCGUAGCCGCAAGCUCCGCCACGGCUUCGCGGCGGAGAAGUGGCUGUCCCAAGACAGAGAGCUCGCUUCCAACAAACAGAGGCUCAAAUUGGAGAGACCUCUCACACCAGGGAGAAUUGUAAGUAAAAGGAGUGCAGUUUUGGAGGAAGAGAUUCAAGGUUUAACUCACAAGUUGCACUUCAACUUGAGGAUCAAACCCAACACAAACAUUCUUAAACAGACCAGCCUUUCCGAUUCCACAAAUCAUGUAGAGGAAGAUGAAGCAAGGCGACAAGAGAACAAAUGCUCGGGGCGGUGCAAGGCCGUGGUGCUAAGGAUAGUGGAGCAGGUGAGGGCGGAGACAGAGCAAUGGUCCCAAAUGCAGACAAUGCUGGAACAAGUCCGAGGAGAGAUGGAAGAACUGCAGGCAUCCCGGGAUUACUGGGAAAAUCGAGCCUACACCUCCGAGUUCCAGAUUCAAUCCCUUCGCCAUUCAGUGGAGGAAUGGAAACAGAAAGCUGUUGACUACAAAAAGGAAGUUCAUGAACUUGAAAACAAAGUAGCUAUGAAGAUGGAAGCAGAGAAUGAUAAGAAAAGAGGAGUGCCGCUUCUUUCUUUAGCCAAACAGCUUGCCAAGGAGAAGAGGUCGUUUCUCAAGGAAAAGGCGAGUAGGCGACACUCGAGUAUCUCUGAUCGGUCACCGUUGAGGGAGAUUGGAAACUCGAGGCAAAACCAUAGAGCUGCAUUUGAUUAUCAUAGCCCGGAAAGAUCUAGAAUAAGAGAGAGCUUUAGAAAGUGACGGAGAGUUAGGCCAUAUUUGCAUGAUUCUAAGUUUGUUUAAGUUAUGGAGUACAGUUUUUUUUGGUCCAAGUAUCAAUAAAUUUAACCCCUCAUGUCCA